AAUCAUCAAUAUUUGAUGACUGCAGGAAAGAGGAAGAAUGGAAGAUAAUUCUUUUAGAUGAUUACACUACUAAAUUACUGUCAAUGUGCUGCAAAAUGACCGAUCUACUUGCAGAGGGUAUCACAGUGGUGGAGAAUGUAUAUAAAAUCCGUGAGCCUGUCCCACACAUGAAAGCAAUAUAUUUCAUAACUCCCACCAAAAAGUCUGUAGAUGGACUUAUUGAUGACUUCAUCACUAGAUCAUCGAGCAGAUACAAGGCAGCAUACGUGUAUUUCACUGACUUUUGUCCUGAUAAUCUGUUCAAUAAAAUUAAGUCUUCUUGUGCAAAAUCAAUUAGAAGAUGCAAGGAAAUCAACAUUUCCUUCUUCCCGUGUGAGUCUCAGGUGUUUACUCUCAAUGUCCCAGAUGCAUUCUACCGCUGUUACAGUCCAACUCUGGAAAAGACAAAGGACAAAGAUGCUGUAAUGCAAGUGAUGGCUGAACAAAUUGUUACCUUAUGUGCCACACUAGAUGAGAAUCCAGGAGUACGAUAUAAGAGUGGACCAUCUGAUAAUGCCAGAAAACUUGCACAGCUUGUUGAAAAAAAUCUUGAAAACUACUACAAAAUUGAUGAGAGAAGCCAAAUAAAGGCUAAAACCCACUCCCAACUAAUAAUAAUUGAUCGCAACUUUGACCCAGUAUCAACUGUGCUUCAUGAACUCACCUUCCAGGCAAUGGCAUAUGAUCUGCUACCAAUUGAAAAUGAUACUUACAAAUAUAAAACAGAAGGAUCUGCUGGCAAAGAACGAGAGGCAAUUCUGGAGGAAGACGAUGAGCUCUGGGUGAAGAUUCGGCACAAGCAUAUUGCAGAUGUGAUAGAGGAAAUACCAAAACUUUUAAAAGAAGUUUCAGCAAAAAGAAAAGCAACAGAAGGAAAAUUAUCGAUAUCUGCUCUGUCCCAGUUAAUGAAAAAGAUGCCACACUAUCGGAAAGAGAUCAGUAGGCAAGUUGUCCAUCUUAAUUUAGCAGAAGAUUGCAUGAACAGGUUCAAACCUAAUGUAGAAAGGCUCUGUAAAACUGAACAGGACUUAGCUCUUGGAACUGAUGUAGAAGGUCAAAAAGUGAAAGACUCGAUGAGAGUCCUCCUUCCAGUUCUGCUCAGCAAAAGUCAUGAGAGCUAUGAUAAAAUUAGAGCUAUUCUGCUGUAUAUCUUUAGCACAAAUGGAACUACCCAGGAGAACUUGGACAAGCUGAUCCAGAAUGUACAAAUAGAAAGUGAUAGUGAUAUGAUAACAAAUUGGAAAUACCUUGAUGUUCCUAUUAUCUCUUCAUCUGCUGCUCAGCAGCAUAAACAUCCAAGAAGGGAUCGUUCCUCAGAAGAAACUUUUCAACUUUCUAGGUGGACACCUGUUAUCAAAGAUGUUAUGGAGGAUGCUAUAGAAAACAAACUAGAUUCAAAAGACUGGCCAUAUUGUUCCCCAUGUCCUCCUACCUGGAAUGGUUCAGGAGCAGUAAGUGCACGCCAGAAACCUAAAGCUAGUUACCAAGAUGAGCGAAAGAGCGGUGCAAGGCUGAUUGUAUUUGUGAUUGGAGGAAUUACAUACUCUGAGAUGCGCUGUGCUUAUGAGGUUUCUGAAGCACACAAGUCCUGUGAAGUCAUUAUUGGUUCUACUCAUAUUCUGACACCUAAAAGACUACUGGAUCAAGUAAAGAGCCUUAGUAAACCAAAGGAUAUGGUCUCUGUUAAGGAUGAAUAG